AUGGAACGAGAAACUGAAGAUAAGGAAUUUAGAGAUUAUCUUCUAAAUGAGGAAUAUGGACUGUGUGUUUUUGUGACAACAGUGCUUAACACUCGAUACAUUAUUUUGAAAAAUGAGACUGUAGAUACUGGAAAAUUUCUUUUGGAACUUGAAUGCCUUCUAUCAAAGGAACAGGACAACUUUUCGAGGUUUGAUUUGAAGGCAGACUCACUAAAACGAGUUCUACAGUCUAUGGAAAAA